CCCCACCUGUUGCUAAGCGACAGGCAGAGGCCUGGUUGUGCCGUAUCCCAAAAUGGCCGCCAGGGGGGCACCGCAGCUUGCUGCUUUAAAAAAAAGAAAAAGAAAAAAACCCAGGGAGGGGGGAAGCGUGGGUUUGACGCAAGCGUGCUGGGACUGGUGCUGUCAGGGAUAGUCGGGUACAUAGUGUUGCUGUGGCGGCAGCGGUUGGGGUUUCCCAGGCGGGGAAGAGGGCCCGAGACGGGGUCUCCCACCUCCCCUUCCCCCCCGCCCGAAAAUGGCGAGCCACUUGCCCCCAUGCGUCGUGGACGGCGGCACCGGAGCAUGGAAGUCCCUACUUUCUUGGCCAGCAUGGAGGCACGUAGACUUUCCAGUUUCUUGUGGCAGAAGUGCUGGGGCUGGGCCAAACCUAGAAAAAGGUAUACAAAACUGGGUUAUGCAGGGAAUACAGAACCACAGUUCAUUAUCCCGUCAUGUAUUGCAAUAAGAGAAUCGGCAAAAAUUGGUGACCAAGCACAGAGGAGGCUAACACAAGGAAUUGAUGAUCUAGAUUUUUUCAUUGGAGAUGAAGCUGUAGAUAAACCUACCUAUGCUACAAAGUGGCCUAUCCGACAUGGUAUUGUGGAAGACUGGGAUCUUAUGGAAAGGUUCAUCGAACAGGUUAUUUUUAAAUAUCUUCGAGCUGAACCAGAGGAUCACUACUUCUUAAUGACUGAGCCACCACUGAACACUCCUGAGAACAGAGAAUACCUUGCAGAAAUCAUGUUUGAAUCUUUUAAUGUACCAGGACUUUACAUUGCAGUUCAGGCAGUGUUGGCUUUAGCUGCAUCUUGGACUUCACGACAAGUUGGGGACCGUACUUUAACAGGAACAGUUGUUGACAGUGGGGAUGGUGUGACCCAUGUAAUUCCAGUGGCAGAAGGCUAUGUAAUUGGCAGUUGCAUCAAACAUAUCCCCAUUGCAGGAAGAGAUAUUACAUAUUUCAUUCAACAGCUCCUAAGGGAGAGGGAGGUGGGUAUUCCACCUGAACAAUCAUUGGAGACAGCUAAGGCCGUAAAGGAAAAGUAUUGUUACAUUUGUCCAGACAUAGUAAAGGAAUUUGCCAAGUAUGAUAUAGAUCCAUGCAAGUGGAUAAAGCAAUACACAGGCAUCAAUGCAAUCAACAGAAAAAAAUUUAUUAUAGAUGUUGGUUAUGAAAGAUUUCUUGGACCAGAAAUAUUUUUCCAUCCAGAGUUUGCCAAUCCAGACUUUAUGGAGUCUAUUUCGGAUGUUGUUGAUGAAGUUAUACAGAACUGCCCCAUUGAUGUCCGGCGUCCUUUAUAUAAGAAUGUGGUUCUUUCAGGAGGAUCCACAAUGUUUAGGGAUUUGGGGCGGAGGCUGCAACGAGACCUGAAGAGGGUAGUAGACGCUCGACUGAAAAUCAGCGAAGAGCUCAGUGGUGGUCGGAUAAAGCCCAAACCUGUUGAAGUUCAAGUGAUAAGUCACCAUAUGCAGCGUUAUGCAGUCUGGUUUGGAGGAUCAAUGCUUGCAUCAACAAGUUUUUUGAAGUAUGUCACACCAAGAAAGAUUAUGAAGAACAUGGUCCGAGUAUUUGCCGCCAUAACCCUGUUUUUGGAGUUAUGUCUUAAUGCUCAUUGUGUGGUGGUGUCUGCUGUUGUGUCUGUUGAAGAUCCUUUUACUGGUGAGGAGAACAAAGCACUUUGUGUAAAUACCAAAACACAACUGUGGGUGCUUGCUUGCCUUGAAGAGGAGUCCUUCAGUCCUUCACAGUGUGCAGUAGAAUAAUGCAUUGCAAUGCAAUGGACAACCCGGAACCAUUUGAACAAAAUAGUGUGCUGACUAUUUGAUCUCUCCCCAGCCAUUAGCUUCUAGGCUUAUGGGCAAACUCCUGUUUGGAAGACUGUGGAAACGGGAAUGGCAGGGAUAAGCCGAAAUGAUGCAAACUCCUUCUGCAACAGAGAACAGUGCUUAACAGUUUCCUACAUUGGCCUCAACCCUGCAGUCCAAUCUGUAAGGAUGAGAUUUUAUGCUUGUAAAUUGCCCCAUUGGUUCCAGUGGGGGCUUGUUGACCCUUAACUGUCUUCGCUGAGCAGAUUAGAUUGCAAAAUGGGGGCCUUGGUUUGUAGAAAAAUUAAAGUACUGUAAACUUGCAAUACAAAUGUUUUAUUUUGGAGAAUUUUGUACUUAUAUGACCAUUAUUGAGGUGGGUUUUCUGGGUGAGCACAAACUGCUAGUGAUGCAUGAAGAUGGUGGGAAUGAUACAGAUUUCCAGUUGAAGCAUGUAAUGUUGGUAGAACAAGAAGACAAUCCAAACAGGCUCUCUUUGAGUAUGUGUGUUUUUAAAAAAUGGUACUAUUAUGUGAGUGAAAUGAAUUUUUAAGCCUCUGAAUAUGCUGUAUGAAGUUUCUUAUUGCUAUUUAUUUAAGUUUUAUUUUUAUUUUUUUAAUAUGGGGAUUUGUGAGGAAUAGUUGGCUGCUGGUGAAAUAAAAGCUG